AAAUCAAUCCAGUAAAGGUUUACCUAAGCACUGUUCUUGAUUUGGCUAAUUGUUCUGAAACGACUUAAAACAAAGCAUAUAUGUUAGCACAGAGGGGCAGGGGAAUGAUAAUUGAUACAAACUAUGUUUUAUGCUAGCAAACCCCAUACAAGGAAGAAGAAUGCAACUCUCUAAUCGGUACAGUCCUUGUCUGAAAGCGCUUUGUCCGGCUUAGCAAAUGGAAGUCGUUCAUCCAUCCAUUGCUCUUCUGCAAGAAAGGUUCAGACAGUUGGAGAGAGCCAAGAAGAUAGGGCAGGAGAAAGAACUCUUACGAAUGUUCCUUGAAUCAAGGCAGAUCAAUGCAGCUAUGCCUUAUGUGCCAUACAGAUCGCUUUUACACCUUGUACUCAUGCUUCAGUCAGAGCUGCCUCUUCAGUGUACACUCAAAAAAGAAGCUAGUCUGCAGAGCAGGAAUACCCAGGUUCAGGUCAUUCAGACUCCAAUGUUGGAGAAUUUAUGGUCCAGAGACACUGUCAUAUGCACAACUGACAAUGAUGAUAUUUCAGUUGUUGAUACUUCACUUCAUCUGUGAAAAAGUAUUACAAUGUUAAUCUACCUAGUAAUCCUGUGGUUUCCUUCCGUUUGUUCUUCAUGGGGCAGUAAGAAUAUGGGAACGAAAAGGAGCUAAAGAAAAGAAAACAGAAUAUGUAAUGUAGCUAAUGGCCAUUAUCUUAUGUAUCUUCAGAACUACAGAGCAAUCAGAAAGGCAAUUCUCUUAUCUCUUCUGAAAUGCAUUCUCAUCAUAGGUAAUGUUAUCCAAUUUGUCACUGUUCCCUUUCCUCUUCAUGAAUUUGGGACAUCUUUGGCCUCUGACAUUGCUUCCCCAUUGUUUAUCUGCUUAAAAUGAGCAGCACUAACCUUUCGGGCAUUUGCAGCUAAUAUCUGCACUAGGGACAACAUUUCACUUACAUUAAUCAGUAAUUCAAUUGUGUGCUCAAGAUUUAGUAUUAUUAGCCUACACGGUUAUCACCUGGAUAAUUUAUUUUCCAGAAAAAAAUGUUUAAACUUGAGUGUUACACAAGAACAGAGCAUAUAAAUUAUUAUUAUCAGU